AUGCUUCACUGCCGUACAACCAUGACUUAUUUGAAAGCCUUAUUUGUCCUCGUUACGGAUUCGCCGACACCAACCCACACGAGCUAUGGUUCUGAGACAACGAUUGUCGAACACCUGAAGACGUCUCAGUUCCGCUGCUCGAAUAGGCCAAGUCUCACAGCCAUACAACAAAACAGCCCGUACUCAGGGCCUGAAAGCGCCUUACUGGACUGGAUCCCAUUAAACAGUCACCUUGGCGCUGUGCAGUUGUCUGGCUCAAUUAAUAUUAACGCAGGUCGAUUUGGCAUCCGGUGUUUGUCGUGUCAGCAUACGCCCCGACAGAUAGCACUUCUGGGACUGAGAAGGACGAGUUUUAUCAAUAUCUAUCACGACUAG